AUGGCGGCCAAUGGCGAGGAAGCGCUGGUCCCAGCGGUGCUCUGGGGCAGGCUGCACGAGCAGCAGCUGUCGCUGGAGGAAAGGAUCCGCGCGGCCCUCAGGCUGCUGUCGGACCCGGGGGACCCGCCCGGGCCGAGCGCGGCUGCGUGGCUCUUCGAGUGGCUCGCCAGAGGUGCCGGGGCGGCGCAGAAGAAGUUCGUGCUUCAGGGCGACGGCCUGCGGCUUCUGUGCGACCUACUGCGGGCCCUGCCGCGGGAGUAUCCCUUGGGGUCCUUCCUGCCCUUCUUGAUGGCGCAGCUCCACAGCGCCGUUGGCGCGGGCGCGCUCCCGUGCGACCAGCACCUGCAGGCCAUCUCCCUGCUGCUGGAGCGGCCGGCGCGGAGCUUCCACGCGCCCGUGGAGCAGGCGGCGCCGCUCUUCGCCGGCGCUGCCGCCCUGCUCGCGGACAGGGCGCCCGCGGUGCCGCCGGCCGAGCUGCCGCUGUUCGUGGCCCGCGCGGCGCGCCUACUCAUCCGGGCUCUGCAGCAGGUGCAGGCGAAGAAGGCCUUCCGGGGCGUGCUCGCCGCACUCCCCGCUGCCGCGGCGCUGCUGGGGCGCGCGCCGCCCGAGGCCCCCGAGCUGCCCACGGCCGCGCUGGAGGCGCCGCACGCGGGCUGGCUGGCGGCGGCGGGCGCCGUGCGCGCGCUGGCGCAGGCAGUGUUCGAGGAGCGGCACCUGGAGGGCUUCGAGGCCCUCUCCCGCGGGGACCACCCGGCUCCUGGGCGCGGGGCAGCCGAGGGGGAGCCCGCACGCAAGCGCGCGCGUCGGGCGCCGCAGGGCGAGGACGAGGGGGGCGCCGCUGGCGCGGACGCUGGUGCUGCUUACCAGGCUGGCCUCUUCGAAUGUGUCUCCGAUCUGCUCGCCAAGCCCGGACCUACCCGCGCAGGCUGCGCACUGCUCUUGCCCUGUCUCCUCGCGGAGUUCGCCUGCCGAUACCGCGCCCGUGCUUCUGCGCAGGACCCCGACUUGCCUGUCCAAGAGGGCGCGCAGGGGCGGAAGGAGGCCGUCCAGGCGAAGCAGCCGGCGGUGCCCUGCGAGUUUUGGGUAUUCCUGCAGCUGUCCCGCGCGGUCGCGAGUGCACUCGAUGCCUGCGCGGGCGAAGGCGACGAGGAGGUCCUGCUCGCGCGCUGCCUCGUUGACCUGUGGGGCCACGUGAGGCGUCUCGGGGCAUACCGCCCUCGCGAGGACCCCAAGAGGCUGCAGGCCGAGAGCCUGGACUCGUUCUGCGCGCUGAUGCUGCGGCGCCUCUCGGCGCUGGGCCGCGAGGCGGCGCGAGAGGCGCCGGAGUGGCACGGGCUCGUCGAGGCCCUGCGGCUGGACCCCUCGCCGUUCGAGCCGCGGCUCGAGGCGGCGUGGGGCACGGUCUUGGAGCUGUGCCCGCCGGCCAGGGAGAAGGGCGGCGGGGCCGCGCUGGAGCCGCACUGCGUGCGCCUGGCCCGGGCGCUGCUGCGCACGUACGGGGAGCUGGCCGACCUGCCCUCCUGCCUGGACGCGCUCGUGCGCGCUGCGCGCGGGGGCGCGGCCAAGCGAGCGGCGCGGCUGGUGGGGCACCAGGCCCUCCUGGACGGCCUGCGGGAGCUGGUCGCCGACGUGUCCGUGGGGUCCGCCGCGACGCAGGCGACGCGGGUGUGGGAGUCGCUGCUCGACGAGCUCCAGAGUGCGCUCGCGACGGGCGGCGUGGCCCAGACCGCCGGCGGCGCCUCGGGCGCGGCGUGGGUGGCGGCGCUGCUGCAGCACGUCGUGCAGGGCGUCCGGCCGUCCGAGCGCUCGCUGCGGGCCCUCCGGCUGCUGCUCCUGAAGUCCUUCUCGGUGGUCGGCUCGCCUGGCGGUGGCCACCGGCCGCCAGGGCUGGACGGCCUGCUGCUCGCGCUGUGCGACCUGGGCCGCCGGCUUGAGUCCUGGGAGGUGCCCGUUGCCCUGCGACCUCUCGCAGGCAGCGCUGGCGCAGCAGUGCCCGAGGAGGAGGAGGAGGAGGAGCGUGAGAGCGGCAAGCAAGACCUCGCCGACCAGGUCGAGAGCAACCUCCGAAUGCUGGCGCAAAGGGCCACGAGCGUCGAGGUGACCGAUCUCGCCAGGGCACCCGUGUGCGCCGCUGGGAUGUGGCUGGCGCUCUGCGAAGACCGCCUCGCCAGGCACUCGGACGCCCGCCGGGGGCACAAGCUCAGAACCUCUGUGCUGGGGCAGCUCGUGGGACUCGCGGCCCGAGAGGCGGGCGAUGUGGAAGCGUCGGCGCAGGAGGCCUGGCUGGCGGCUCGCCGGGAGGUUUGCGAGCGGCUUCCUCUGUUGACCACGCUCGCAGCCAGGGGUCUGCAGCGCCAGCGCGGUUGCGACGGCUGUGCUCCGGAUCCUAUGGCCCAGCUGGCCUCAGUGGUCGCCCCCCGCGAGCCGGCGUGCUGGCAACACUUGCUGGGCUCAGCCUCGGCAGCUGGGCCGCAGGCAUGUCCAGCUGACGCCUGGAUGCCCGCCGCCCAGAUCUGGGCGGAAGGGGGGGAGGCGCUCGCGCAGCGCCCCGAGCUGCGCGCCCCACUGCUGGCCCGCCUCGCUGAGCUCAUCGCCACGGCGGCGGCGGCGCCGGACGCCUUCGCUGAGCAGGGUGGGGCACUGCAUGGCUUGCACCUCGCACUGCUGGAGCUGAUCUCGGCGCCGUUCGCGGGUUCGCCGGCUGACGUGCUGGCGCAGGCAUUCCGGGUUGUUUCGCAGGUUGCCGUGGAGGCCGCGACGCACGCGCUCGACGCGGGGCCAGGAGUCGCGAGCCGUGCCUCGCUGGCGGAGUUCGGCGGGGAGCCGCACACCGGCGGCGCGGGCCGCGCCACGAUGAGUGGCGGCGGGGGGCCGCGCGGAGGCGGCGGGGGCCGGGCCACCGCUCUGCUCCAGGCUGCCCUGCGCUGCCUCGGGCAGCUGUCGAAGAUGUUGGCCAUGGACGCGCCCGAGAGCCGCGAGGCGGCCAUUGGCGAGGCCGCCGCGCGCUUCUCUGGUGAAAGCCUGCAGCCGUCGGCGAGGAAGCGCCCGGCCAGGCGCCCCGCGGGGGGCGUCGUGCCGGCGGUGGCGCAGCUGCUGUCGAGCGGGGUGUUGGGAGGUGGCGACGGCCUCGCCACGGCCACGGUGCUGGCCGAGGGGGUGAACACGCUAUGCCGCCAGCGCCUACCCGGGUGGCCAGAACCCGCACGGCAGCGCUGGGCCGCGGGGCUGCUGCACGGGCUGCUCUCGCCAGGCCUCACCUGCGAGGUGCACGCCGGAGGGGGCGACGCCGACGAUGCAGGCGGCCACUGCGUGGUGCGACUGCCAGACACGCUGGGGGCCCUCUCUGGACAGAGCGGCUGCAGCCCUCAGACAGAGCGGUCGCUCGAGCUGCUCCUGGCCCUCUUCGAGCCCAGCGUCGGCACUGACGGGUGGGGCCCUUGCGAGCGGGCGGGCCGCGAGCGCGACUCGGCCUUGUGGCGCGCGUUCCGCGCGGUACACCCGGCUGUCCCGCCGCAGCGCGGCAUGCUGGCGCAGGCCGCUGAACCGCCCGCGCCCGCGGCCUGCCGCUGCGCGGGCCUGCUGGCGCAGGUAGCGGCGAGC